CAAUCUUCCCUCCACAUCUAUCAUUCACAACACAAACUAAAAAUUCCCUCUUUCCCUCGUUUUCUGCUCUUCCUCCAUCUCCUUCCCCUAACCCCCACUUUCCCUCAAAAACCCAAAAUUCCGCCCCACUCUCUCUCUAAACUCCUCCACUUUCUCUCUCUAUAGCCUUCCCCUCAGAUCCCCACUCCCGGCCACCGCCGUUCCGAUUCCCCACCGAUUCUUCACAGCUCAACUUCCCUUUUCCGAUGUCCAGCGGCGGCGCUCCUGCCUCCUCCCACCCACCGCCUCCCUCUGCGGGGGCAAGCCCCGCGCCGCCAUCCGCACCGAUUCUUCCUCCCCUCAGGCGCAACCUCGCUUUCGUCUCGAUGAAGCCGCCCUUUGUUGCUCCCGACGAUUACCAUCGCUUCACUUCUCCCGCUGCCCCCUCUAAGCUUGCCGAUCGGGAAGCCGAGGCUAUCAUCGUGAGAUCUCCAUUGAAAAGAAAGAUCAGACUAGACGAUAAUGGAAUUGAUUCCAGCAAGUUUACAAGCAGCCCCGGACAGACUGAUGUGUCUAGUAGUCCUUAUCACACCCCGGUAUCUGUUGCUAAAGGGGGGAGAACAAACAACAGGGCUAAGUCGACAAAGAGUAAUAAAUCGGUUCCUCAGACGCCAGUGUCAAAUCCUGGUGAGGCACUCACCUGUCAUUUGGGUCAUUUAAUGUUUGGUUAUUGUUCUGAGGUAGUUUGCUCCUUCGGUUCUUACUUGGUAGGAUGUUCCCCAUCUGCACUUACUCCUGCUGGCAGCUGCCGCUAUGAUAGUUCCUUAGGUCUCUUAACGAAGAAGUUCGUCAAACUAAUAAGGGAGGCAGAAGAUGGGAUUAUUGAUCUUAAUAAAGCUGCAGAAACCUUGGAGGUGCAAAAGCGGCGUAUAUAUGACAUAACAAAUGUCUUGGAGGGAAUUGGUCUGAUUGAGAAGACACUCAAGAAUAGAAUACGAUGGAAGGGUGCUGAUGCUUCUAAUUCAGGGAAUGCAGAUGGCAAUUCCUCUCAAUUACAGGCAGAAAUCGAAAAGCUUUCACUGGAAGAGCAAAAUCUGGAUAAUCAAAUAAGAGAAACGCAGGAGAGACUGAGAAAUUUGAGUGAAGAUGACAAUAAUCGAAAGUGGCUUUUCGUCACAGAAGAUGAUAUUAAGACCCUCCCGUGUUUUCUGAAUGAAACCCUCAUAGCUAUUAAAGCUCCCCAUGGAACAACUUUGGAAGUUCCUGAUCCUGCUGAAGCUGUUGAUUAUCCACAGAGGAGAUACCGCAUAAUCCUUAGAAGUACAAUGGGUCCUAUUGAUGUCUAUCUUGUAAGCAAAUUUGAGGAAAAUUUUGAGGAGACCAAUGAAGUAGGGCCCUCAACUAGCUUUCCACAACAUGCUUCUAGCUCAAGUUCAGGUGUAAUUACACGGAUGGAGAUGGUAUCUACUAGUCCGAGAAUCGAGAAGGCAGUGGAACCUCCAGUAUUGCAAGAUGCUCAUCAUCAUCAUCAUAUGUUCUCGGACUUCAACGCUUCACCGGAGUAUGUAGGAGGAAUGAUGAAGAUUGUUCCUUCAGAUGCCGAUAAUGAUGCAGAUUAUUGGCUUCUUUCUGACGGGGGUGACAUUAGCAUCACCGACAUGUGGAAGACAGAUGGUAUCCUUGCAGAUUUUUAUUCUUCUCCUUCAACUCCCCCACGACCUGCUGACUUUGGGAUGGAGGAAGUCCACACUCCUCUGCCUCAGACUCCAUCAUCAAGGAUUGGUUGACAAUUCUUCUGGCAUAUUGUGAGAUCGACUCCUGGGGACUGUACAAAUUGAGCUAAGAUCAAGCAAACGGUCAUCAUUUUUCAGCGAAAGCAACAAUCAUCACUGCCUAAGGAUCUUGUCACGCAGAGGCUCAGUUCUCCAGGAAGCUGACAGAUGGGGUAAGUUAACAAACAUUGCCUAUACUCUAAUUUUACCUUUACGUCUGUCUGUUGGAAGUGUGAAAAGGAAGAGAAAUAGGGGGGAAAACGUGGUGAGUGAAUGCUUUGGUAUGUAGUUGGGUAGUGUAGGACACACAUCAUAACAGAGUUUGUGGAGAGAAGAAACCAAGAAGCCGGAUUUGCAACUAAUUCGUUGAGAAUGUGAAUGUCCUUUGCAAUUGUGAUAUCCAGUACCGACUGCUAUAGAAGAAUUAGUUUCAACCUUGGUAGGAAAACAAAUGUAACUGCUCUCACAUGGGACAAAAACAGAGCACGAGAUGAUAGGUGAACAGCAUUUCUCAACAAGAAUUUCUUCAUUUUUAUAGUUGUCUCUCAUCAUAGUUUUGUACACACUUCAAGUAAAAUUAUUAACAUGAUGUCAUUCAUGGCUGAAGGCUUCGAACUGCCCUCGUUUUCUUGGGUGAAUUCACCACCUGUCUUGUACUAUGACUGCCUCUGUGGUUGCAGCCUGUAAAACUCACAAAUGUUAGAUCGAUCUCGCAAGUAAUUCAUUGGGGGAAUUUCACACUCUACCAUUUUUACAGUCAUAUGUCAACCACUUUUGUUAACUAAAGAGUGUACGAUCGCUGUUUGUGAUACUAUGGUAUC